AUGAGCUGCUACUAUGGCAACUACUAUGAUGGGCUGGGCUAUGGCUAUGGUGGCCUAGGCUGUGGCUAUGGUGGCUAUGGCUGUGGCUACGGUGGCUAUGGUGGCUAUGGUGGUUAUGGUUAUGGAUGCUGCCAUCCACUCUGCUAUAGAAGAUGCUGGUCCUAUGGCUUCUACUGAAAUAUUUCCAUAGCUACUGAGCCUAUUGGCUCUAACCUCCUGUCUCACUAGAAUCAAUUCCACGUUUCUUCAUAUGAGGAAUGUUUGAAUGUCUUCAACAAUACCAACUCUAUGCCAAACUAUCUGAGAUAAUUGAAUGAAAUCAGCAUGACUGUUUUAAUUCAUCAUUACCUCUUAGAUUGAAGAUAGUUUGGAGAAAUAUUUUUCCUUUGAUUAUAUUAUUAUAACACUACAUAAAUGUGAUCAAACUGGACUCUUGUUUUUGUGUAAAAAACAUAUUAUGAAAUAAACUAUAUUUCACUGUAAA